CACGCUUGUUGCACGCCGUCAACCCAUUACAUAUUGUAUGAGCUCCAUUUUUCAUUGGUCUAAUUCAUAACUAGAUAACGCACAACGAAAACACUUGUGUUAUUAACGGACAAUAUACUGGAGUAUCCUGUUCGUCUGGAAAUGUUUUGGAUUUGAACAGAUAUGGCGGACUCGAAUUUAAAGGCUUCGGGAUCAGUGGUCAACGGCUCAACUGCUAACAACAGCGUGAAGAACAAGGGACUUUCUGCCGACAAAAAGGAGAAGGCUAAAGAACUAACGGACAAAUUCGUCCAGCUGCGAGAGGAGGCGCUCAAGAAGGGGCUGUCUGAGAAAGAGAUCCGGGAGAGUUUUCUCCGCCCUAGUAAAUCUAGAGACUUGAGAAGGCUGCUCUCUAACAAGACGUUCCAGACUCAGGUGCUAGUGUUGGUCUUGGCCGUCACCGUGGCAGUCAAGUUCGGGCUCAAAGACUUCGUCCAUGGGAUGAUCUACGACUCGAGGUGUCUCAUCAGCAAUAACAUAGUGUUUUCAGAAAUUGCGCGGCCCUUGGCAGAUUGCGAGGUAUGUAGAAACCUGAAGUCUGUGCCCAUUGAACGACACAUAUCGGCGGAGACAUUUCUUGAACAGUACGCCUACACCAAAAUACCGCUGUUGGUGAAAGAUGCCACUACCAACUGGACGGCUAUGAGCGUGUUCACCUACGACUUCUUCAAAAAACUGUACACGGAAACUGAAGGAGCGCUGGUCUCCGUGGAGGAGGAAUGCCAAUUUUUCCCCUACAAGACGGAAUUUUCUACUCUAGAGGAAGCAUUCAACAUGUCGGACGCCAGGGCACGCUACGAACCCGGAGAAGAACCUUGGUAUUUUGGCUGGAGCAACUGCCACAAGGAGGUGGCGGACAAAUUACGUCAGCACUAUCGCAGACCCUACUUCCUGCCCAACGACUCCGAAUCCAGCUCCAUUGACUGGCUAUUCAUGGGGGGUCCGGGGAUAGGAGCGUUCAUACACCUGGACUCGGUGGGGCGGCCAUCUUGGCAGGCUCAGAUCUCGGGCGCGAAGACGUGGCAGAUGAUUCCGAGUCCGGAGUGCGAGUCGGUGUGUCACGAAAUAAACAUCACCGUCGAAAAGGGAGACAUCUUUGUGUUCGAUUCUAACGAGUGGUACCACGCCACCUUCGUAGAACCCGGGGAGCUGAGCAUCACCAUCGGAUCGGAGUACGAUUAGCUGACCUCCACGGACAACUCGGAGUUACGCUAGGAUCAGACUACCAACUGUCACGACCAAGUUGGCCAACUCGACGGUUGCGUUGUAAUUUCCUCAACUGCCAACUUACGAUGGGUGCGCUCAGAUUAACAACUAAUUGGUUGUAGAAGUCGUAUACGACAAACAUCGGGUUGUAAGAGCGCUCAGACUAGCAACUACACAGUCGUAGAAGUAUUAAGAGCAGAAAGUUGGACAACUUUGUGCUGUUAGUUGGUAGUCUGACUCUAGCAUAAAAUAAAUUUAAAACAUUAUGUUGCCAGAAAUCCGCAAAUUAAUUCUUUUAAAAACAACCAAAUAAAUAUGUAAUAACAAAACAACCCCCAAAACCCCCCAUGAAAUAACAAACAAUCCCUAAUGUUUAUACUGAUGGUAUACUUUUUAGUUUCAUAUUUAUUAGCUUGCAAAUUUCUGUCUCAAGUAGCCGCUGACUACAAAUGUGUGGCGGGAUUGGGGAGGGCUGCUGGACAUAUUUUUCCUUGCACCCAGGCGUACAGAUAUCAAUUCCAUGAAGCACUUACUAUAUAUACUUGUACCUACUUAGGAAAAUAAUUUUCACGGUCUAAAACACUGUGCUUGGGUGUUUGCGAAUUGUUUUCCUUCCGUAAUUUAUUUGUUGUUUUGUUUAGUUUUUAACUUGUAAAACCUAUGGUAUUUACAAAAUAAACUUGUUGCAUAACCUUGUGUAAAACAGUCAUUGUUAGAGAUAACGGUAUUGCCGUAUGUCAUUCGAGUAGUAUCUUACUUCAGUUCGUCCUGUUAAAUGUUGUUUUAUUACUUGUAUUAUAAUACAGUUGCAGUAAUCACUUGGACAUAUUUUAGUUGUUAACCAGCUUUGGGAACGUUAUUCUUUUGUUACCAAUUAUUUCAGUUAUUGUGUUGUAUUUUAUUUCUUCCUCGUUACGUUUGUUAAGUGUGUUGUUCUGUUAAUGAAAUAAACCAUUCUGUUUGGUCGUAA